AUGUCUAAUGCAAACGACAAAGAAAAUCCUGGUACUGGAGUCAAUGACAAAUAUGAUGUAGGAGGAGAUUAUUCGCCCAAUACAUCGAAAAAAGCGUUGAAACCAAUAUCACCAAAUAAAGGACCAAACUCUUACGUUGGCAAAUUAAAUUUCUUGCAAGGCGACAAUAUAGACAACCACUUCAAUAAUAUUCACAGUUCACAUCUGCAGAUUCAUCAGCAAUUACACAAUUUGGAAGUACAGACCACACAAACAGGUAUCGACUUGGGGCAAUUAUGUGAUAGACUGAAAAACAAUAACCAGUACUUGAAUAAAUUGCUAGAAAACAUAACAAAUUACUCGAACGAAGUUAUCACAGAAGGAAAUGCUACUAAAAAUGAUAUUACAAACAUAAUACAUAGAUUAGAUCUAUUCAAUGAAGAGUUAAAAAUGAUCAGAACAUCGGAUAAUUCAAAAACUUUAACUGACAAUAUAAAUGAGAUUGUUAGUGAAGAAACGAGUAAGAACAUGACUUCAUCUCAGCAUGUCAUAUUAGAUAAAGUUAAGGAAGUGGUGACCGAAUGUUUAGGAGAAAUUCCAGCAAAUAAUGAUUUCAGAGCAUUGAGCAAAUCUGUCCAAGAAUCACAAUUGACCAAUGAGCAAAGACAUGAGAAGCUUCUUGGUGAAGUAUUGCAGAUUCAACAAAGAGUCCCGGAAAGUGACCUUGUUAGACAGAUAGUAGAUCCAAUUGUUGCAGAACUUAAAUCAGUUUCAUUGGAUAGCGACUCUCAGAAGUUAUUGGGAGAUAUACUCAAUAUUUUAAAUAGAGAAAAAGAGACUAACAAUGCUAUGGAGCUGUUCCAGAAUACGUCUACUGAGAAGCUUGAUAAUAUAUCUAAGGAAUUAUAUACGCAUAAUGAAUCAAAGAAAGUCAUGAAUGAAUUAAUUCAUCGUCUAGAUGAUUUGCAUCAAGAGACACAGACUCAAAAUAAUGAUAUUUUGCUACAACUAUCAACUGGUGCAGUUCAAAGUAAUGAAUUGUCUAAUCUUCAAAGUUCGAUGGUGGAUGUCAAGAAAGCCUUGGAGUCGAAAGAUAUACAUAUUUCCAAGUUGACUAAACUCGUGGAACAUCAGUCUACGUUAAUCAAUGAUUGGACUUCAAAAACUGAAAAAUUGGGAACAGUGAAAGAUUUAGAAAAGAACAUAGCUAACCUUGAACACAAGUAUGACUUGUUAUGCAAAAAUUACGAGCAUAAAUUUAAUGAUCUUAAAGUACUUCAAGGUGAAUUUAAGGAACUAGCGGAAAAUACAAGAAACAUACACAGCAAGAUUGCCACAUCAUCAGAUAUCAAACAGCCUGAAAAAAUACGUCAGCUUCAGAAGAUUCGUCAAUUACACAACUCAAAGAUGAAUGAGAUUCAAGAACAUAAUCAUUCAAAUAAUUUGAAGUCAUAUAAAAGGAUAAUGAGUACGCCUACAAAUAAAUUACACAAUUCACAUCAAAUAUUCGACAAAAUGAAUGAAUAUAGUGAAUCUCUGAAUAAUUCGGAAGAAGAAUUUUAA